AUGCCUCUGAUUCAAAGAUCUUCUCCACCUAUUACAGCAGAAGACAUGAUGCCUACUUCAGCAUUUGAAGUAUCUCCCAUCUUGACAGCCUCCAUAUUCGAUGAAAUAUACACAUCCAUUGUGACAGAUGGCGACGAAGAAGACGAAGAAGAGCAACAACAAAAUAUGCCACUAGCUGCUACCAUGCACCAACCUCUACUACCACCAUCAAUGCAACAGCAAACAAGACGUCGACACACACCAUUAGGCCGAUUAAGCACCAAUAGCCGUGGUAGUGGUAUAUUCGAAUUGCCUCCACCCAGUGCUCGAUGGACAAGACGACUGAGUGCAAUGCAGCGAAUCAAUAGCGAGCAGGAUGUUGGAGAAGAAGUGGAUCAUAUUGGUCCUGUUUUGCCAGCAGAUAGCUCGUUUCCCAGACCGAAUGCUACCAGUUUCAUGUAUGGUCAACAGUGUCUGAAUGAUCGUGCUUACAAUACAAGCCCACUACUGCAACAAGGGCAAAGUACGAGAGUGAAUAUGUUGGCUUUUGAGGUUUUGUAUGAUGAUGGUGGCCAAUAUGGGGCCAUGUAUGGCAUUGAAAAUCUGCUGUUGAACGAUGGAUCAGUCUACUGCUCUGGUAGAAAAGGGACAGUCAAUAUCUUGGCUCAGUAUUGUGGAUACAUUGAAAGUGGUCUUGCAGCAGAUAAAAGCUGUUCUAUUUCCAAGAUAGUUAUCAAAGCACCACAGCAUGGAUUUACAGCGCCUUGUCGAGAUGGCAUGAUUUUCAUUUCACACAAAGUGAUCAAUAUUUCAGAUACAUCUCAAUUCGAUAAAUUCACCAAAGAUGACUAUGAUCAAUACAUUGCCAACAAGUUACACAAAAAUGGCAUGCUGGAAGACACGGAUCCAGUUGCUUGGUUCAGUCUAACGAAUGAUAGAACCAAUGUGAUUGACCUUGAUUUCAGAUCUGCCAAGUAUGUUUUGGUCAAAAUGCUGCGAGCUGAUUACGAAUCAGAUAACAUUGACAUGCAAUACAUUGGAUUCAUUGGCCAUUCUGGACCAAGGUCAUUUGGCAGUGGGAAACUGUGUUGA